AUGGCCACCGUCGCCGCCCCUCUCCCGCUCCGGGCCGCCGCCUGCGCGGGCCACGCGCCGUUCCGGCUGUCCUCCGACGAUGGGGCGCGGUUCCCCAGCCGGCUGGGGCAGCGCAGUCUGGUGGCGGGAGUCUGCCGCCCUCGGGAAUCAGCAGGGUUCCGGGUGGAAGCUCUCUUCGGCGGCGGCGGAGGAGGGGGGCCCAAGGAGCCCAUGGUGCCUCCCUACAAUGUCCUCAUCACUGGCUCCACCAAAGGUAUAGGAUACGCGCUGGCAAGGAAGUUUCUGAACGCUGGUGAUAAUGUUGUAAUCUGCUCAAGAUCAGCUGAAAGGGUAGAGUCUGCAACCAGUGACCUGAAAAAGGAAUUUGGAGAGCAGCAUGUGUGGGGAACUGUCUGUGAUGUUAGAGAAGGAAAGGAUGUGAAGGCACUUGUGGAUUUUGCACGUGAUAAGCUGGGCUAUAUUGAUAUUUGGAUUAACAAUGCCGGAUCAAAUGCAUAUAGUUUCAAACCGUUGGUGGAAACCUCUGAUGAGGCUCUCAUCGAGGUGAUCACCACUAACACUCUUGGAUUGAUGCUAUGUUGUCGUGAGGCAAUAAAUAUGAUGUGGAGCCAACCUCGAGGUGGUCACAUAUUUAACAUUGAUGGUGCUGGCUCUGAUGGAAGGCCUACCCCAAGGUUUGCCGCUUAUGGUGCAACGAAGAGAAGUGUGGUGCACCUUACGAAGUCUCUACAGGUUGAGUUGCAGAUGAAUGAAGUGAACAAUGUCGUGGUGCACAAUUUAUCGCCUGGCAUGGUCACCACUGAGCUUCUUAUGUCUGGUGCUACCACAAAGCAAGCAAAGUUUUUCAUCAAUAUAUUGGCUGAACCUCCUGAAGUGGUUGCGGAUUACCUUGUUCCAAACAUCAGAGCAAUCCCUACCAACCAAUCCAUGAAGCCGACUUACAUUCGCUUUCUUACUGGCUUGAGAGCCUACUCAAGAAUUUUUUCAAGACUUGCCUUUGGUGCUCGUAGGAACAAGUAUGUUGCUGAGGAUUAGUUAUCUACUGCCAUCCUCCAACCCAGAAGAAAUUAGGAAUAUUCUUGUUAUCGUCUAUUAGAAGUUCAUUCUUUUCCUGUAAAAAUAGGUUGUAUUACCGAUGGCAUCUCUAGAACACAACGAUGUACUCCUCUUAUAUACAGACAUGUAAUUUGAUCAUCUCAUCAAAGUUAUUGUCAUCGACCGAAUCAUUUAUAGAUGAUGUGGUUUAUGUGUGCCCUUA